UGCCCCCCCCGCGCCGCUGCUCUUUGCAGACCCGCCGGGGGACCCAGCAGCGGGGGGGUCCCGCGCUCCAGGCAAGUGCCGCGGGGCGGAGCCGCCGCCGACCCCUCUCCGCGCCCGGGUUUCCUGCCCGAGGCCGGGCAGCGGCACCAUGGGCGAGCGCCACACGGACGGCUUCUCCUGCAGCGCACCUGAAUUGCUCCAGUCACUGCAAUGAAUGGCCAGACUAUCCCAGCAAGCACUCCCGGGCGUUCCCAGGGCUGGAAUGAGUUCUGCGAGCUGCACGCCAUCACCACGGCCAAGGAGCUCGCCAAGAAGUACCUGCUGUUUGCCACCGAGAACCCCCACCAUGACCUCCUGGCAGCCGAGAACUUCUCGGUGCAGUUCACAGACCUCUUCCAGCAGUACUUCUGCAACGAGGUGAAGGAAGGCUUAGCCAUGAACCAGUUCAGGGUCCUGCCCUUCAGCAGGGUGCGGGACUAUAGGGAGACCAGCAAGAGGCAUGCGGACGCCUCUUCGGGGCCGGUCGUGGCCAAGGUGGAGGCGGAGCUGACUGCCCACUCUGAGGCUGACAGAGCUGCUGACACUAACCCCCGGGGCCUGCCCAAGUCAUGGAGCUCCGAGGAGCUGAUGGGGGCAGCCUCCCCUCUGGCCGCCAGGAGACACUUCUCCCUCACCCAGCUACGGAGGAGCUGGCGCAAGUUCUUGCGCCGGAGGUCCUCCGAGGCCAUCCCAGGAGAGGGGGAGAUGCCAGAGCCUGCUCUCAAGCCUGGGCUGGCCAAAAAGAUCCUGCCGUGGACCCUGUCCCGAGAUCAGGCUCACGAGGUGUGCAAGGAGGGUCUCUUAAAAUACGGCAUGGUAGAUGAAACCACCAUGGACAGUGGGACACGCUGGCAGCGGUGCCGAUUGGUUCUACGGAAGGCAGGGACGUCCGACAAUGAAGAGUAUGUCUUGGAGCUGUUUGAUCCCCCCAAGUGCUCCAAACCCAAGCUGCUCACGACCUGCUCCGCUGUCCAAGAGAUCCGGAGAUGCACCCGCCUCGAGAUGCCAGACAACCUGAACACCUUUGUACUCAAGGUGAAUAACUGCACAGACGUUGUAUUCGAGGCUGGGGACGAGCAGCAGCUGAGUUCCUGGACAGCCGAAAUCAAAGAAUGUAUGACCCGAGGGUCCGGGGGAGCCGAUAUAGAGCUGCUCUCAGGCCAGCACUCUGACACCGUGGCAUCCAGCCCUGCCACUGGCAGCACCGACUCCCUUACCCAAGGCGCUAUGCACUGUGGGCAGCCGGAGCCAUCCUGCCAGAAAACCGACCAGUUCCUCUCGUCCUACCCCUGGUUCCAUGGCCCCAUUUCGCGCGUCAAAGCCGCCCAGCUCGUGCAGCUGCGGGGGCUGGAUGGCCACGGGGUUUUCCUUGUUCGACAGAGCGAAACCCGCAGGGGCGAAUACGUCCUCACCUUCAAUUUCCAAGGAAGAGCGAAGCACCUGCGGCUCUCGCUGACCGACCGGGGGCAGUGCCGGGUGCAGCACCUGCGCUUCCCCUCCAUCCUGGACAUGCUGCACCACUUCCAGCGGUGCCCCAUCCCCCUGGAGUGCGGCGCGGCCUGCGACGUCAAGCUCUCCAGCUACGUGGUGGUCAUCCCGUCGUCCCAAGGUUUGGGCUCAAGCAACACCAUCUUGUUCCCGUUCUCCAUCCCUAAUUGGAGCUCCGAACUCAACUUUACCCCCCUCAGUCCCUCCAACUGCCCCCGGCUACACAUGACAGACGACAUUCACCACAGUUCUCAGCCAGAACAGAUCUUCCACCUGGUGCCCUCUCCAGAAGAACUGGCCAACAGCCUCCGAGACAGCAAUGUGGCCGGCACGCACUCCAGCCGGCAGCGGGACUCUGACUACGAGCUGGAUUCCCCUGGGAGGGGCCACAUUCGGGCUAUUGACAAUCAAUACACACCACUCUGACAAGAUAGGGGGGAGGGGUGCAAACCACGCACUUUGGCUUGGAGCCCUGUUAGAAAACUUCUGCUAUAGAUUGUGGGAAGCCUAUGAAAAGAAUGUAAUUUGGGAUUUAUUUUUUUUUUGGUAAGGGAGGGGGUAAGAUAUAUAAACUGUUCACUCCAGUAUGGGUGUGAUCCCUCUAUUAGGCCUGUUAAAGGGCCUGUUUUACAUAUUAAAGCUUUCUUAUGACUGUUUACACGUCGUUCCUGUUAACAUGCCAGGCUCUCUGCCCUGUAGGCUAAUAUCUGCACUUAGUCAUUGGUACAGAGUCUAUGUUACAGGUGCUUUUGGUCUUCACUGCCCUUUGUCACAUGACAGAGCCCAGAAAAGAAACCAGAAGGGUCCAUUACAGCCACAUAAUUGGACAAAAAUGGAUGUGAAGUUCUUUGUGACAAGUUACCGAUCUGGGCUGUGCAUAAACAAAGAAAAGUCACUUCCUGAUGGCCAAGGAAUGUGCUGCAGUUGCGUAAGUCAUAGUUCCAUAUUUCUAACAGAGCAGUAGCCUUAUCGCUAACCUAAGAGUUCGUUCAUUACUUUUGGCUAGGGAGAGUACGGGCUUUAACUUAAAUCACGUUAGCAUUUAAAAAAACAAACAAUGGAGCCCUUGAAGUCACUGCUACAGCCAUGGGCAAAGGAAAUGCUUCCAUCUAUUAGUCACGAUUAAAAAGUGAACACUAACUUCCUCCUAUUAAUAUAGGCUUAACGUAACUGAUCAGCGGACAAAAGAGGAGACUGACAUCUUGUCAUAGCCUUGGAGUAAAACUUCCUUUCUGCUAUGGAAAUCUUUUAAGCACAAGUCUAGAGUUCAGCAAAAGUUUUUUUCCAAAUAUGUUACCUCAGGUUGGUUCUUCAAAACAGGAGGGGUGUUGAUAACCAGCCACUGUUGCUUGCAUUUAAAAAAACCAACUCUUUAAAUACUAGAGCAUAUUUUGAUAAGUAAAGCUAUGCAAAUACGACUCCUCUGUGUGUCAUGGUUUUCCAGCCAGAGUGGGUGCAACCUUUUCUCCCCAAUAUUCCCCUCGCCUGUAGGUUUCAGGAAAAUCACUUUGACUGUUGGGUUUUUGACAACGCUUUUGCUCUUUAUGGAGAAGCAACAGGAGCCCCUUCGGUGGAACAAAGAGGAGGGUG